AUGGAAAUUCAUCGCUGUAGAUUCAUUGAUUUUACUCCAGAGUCAGUGACCUCGCUUGCGUUUACGCAUGCAUCCAACGCUGAAGAGCCUACUCCCAAGAACCUUUCUUUGGCUGUUGGAAGAGCAGACGGCUCGAUUGAGAUUUGGAAUCCACGACACUCAAAUUCUAGAUGGCUUUUAGAAAACACAGUUACUGGUGGCAGUGGCCGUUCUGUGGAAUGUCUUUUAUGGUCUGUUACCAACGUUUUUCACGAGCCUCGGCUUUUUUCUACAGGAGGAUCUACCUUCCUCACUGAAUGGGACCUUAAAAGAGGUAUUCCAUUGAUCAACCAUGAUUGUAAUGCUGGAGUCAUUUGGUCCUGUGCCAUAAACAAAUCACAAAAUAAGAUUGCAGUUGGUUGCGAAGAUGGUUCUGUUUCUGUUGUUGAUAUCUCAGGGGGACCGGGAUCUAUUGAACACGAGGCUAUAUUACAGAGACAACAAAAUAGAGUGCUUAGUCUUUGUUGGAUUGGUGAUGAUAUGAUUAUAGGAGGCUGUGCAGAUGGAAGAAUAAGGUGUUGGUCAUAUAAAGGAGAUGAUAAGGGACGUCUAGUGCAGACUCUAAGAGUUGAUAAGUCUAAGACCGAGAGUACAUUGGUUUGGUCUGUUCUUGCAUUGCCUUCGACUGGACAGUUUGUAUCUGGUGACUCGACAGGUAGCAUUAAAAUUUGGGAUCUAAAGCAUUUGGCUUUGCAACAGUCGUUCGCCGUUCAUGAGGCCGAUGUGCUUUGCUUAUCGGCAGAUGCUAGUGGUUCACAUUUCUUCAGUGCAGGUGUCGAUAGAAAGAUUUUCGACUUUUCAUUGACCAAGGCAGGUAAAUCCAUAUCAAAGUGGGUUAAUGCUACCAACAGACUGCUACAUGGAAAUGAUAUUAGAGCCAUGGCUUCGUUUCAAUCUAAGACGCAUGAUUGGCUUGCUAGUGGAGGUGUGGAAAGACUAGUCGUAGUGAUAUCGAUGGAAGGUUUUUCCAGUAAUAUUCCCCUGAAGUUCCCUAUCAAUCAGCUUACUUCCAAUGUGUUAGUGAACCGGUGUAAGAGAUUUAUUAUUAUGUGGCAGCGCCAGGAGGUGAAGAUAUGGAAAUUGAAAGAGGAUAAGACAAAGAAGCUCGUUGCCAAAUUGGUUCUUUCCGAUCCGGAAAGCAUAACAUCGGUUGAUAUCUCGCAGAAUGGCAGGUAUUUAGUGGUUGCCAGAGUAUCUACUGUGAGAUUAUUUGAGUUGAUCGAACUAGAGAAAAAGGUCCAAGUGGUCAAGGUGGGCUCAUCUCUACUUUCUCAACUGGGUGCCAAGCUGAUCCGAUUCGUUGAAUCUAAGAAACUCUUACUAUUAUGCAGUAUUGACAAUGAGAUCACCAGCGUUCAGUUUAAUUCGGAGGACGACGAAGAUAAUGAAGAGGAUAUAUCUGAAUUCGAUGAUAGCCAAAAGCCGGAGGAAUACGAUAUACCAUCCCCCGUUUCUUCAGAUUACAGAACCAAUUUCACACAGUUCGUGAUAAGCAAAAGAGGCAAAUAUGCUGCUCUUUCAAAUUAUGACGGGUCCAUAUACAUCAUGAACUUGAAUACGAAAGUGAGCAGUAGACUUGUUAAGAUGAAUGACUCUCCUACGGCACUUAACUUCACUGCAAUUGACACUUUACUCGUAGCUACAUUGGCCCACAAGAUAUACGAAUUCAACGUCAACAAAGCUGGAACUGCCGAUUUGUAUACAAAGUGGUCGAAGAAGAAUUCGGAAUUAAUUCCAAAUCAGUUCACCAAGUUGCUUGGCCAGCCGUUUGGAAUAUUCGAAAACUCUGGCAAAUUCUGGGUUUACGGAACCAAUUGGAUAUGCUUUUUUGACUCCGAGAAAAACUUCAGUGGUGUCAUCAAGCAGGGAAAGAAAAGAGCUGCAAAUGGUAUCGUCACGAAUAACUCAUCACCUAAUGUAGAAGAUAACAAGGACUCAACUGAUAGAAAAAAAUUCUGGCAGACUAACGACUACAAAUCAUUACUACUUGUGGACUCUCUUUCUGAAUAUGAGCUUGUUGUUGUGGAGAGACCAGUCGAAGAGAUGUCUUCUGUUCCUGCAUUCGGGGUGUCUCGCAUUUCUCUAUAG